AUGACUGAUCUUGGUCUAAUGUCCUAUUUUCUUGGAAUGGAAAUCAAACAGGGACAAAAUGAACUUUUCAUUUGUCAGAAGAAAUAUGCUAAGGAAAUUCUAAAGAAGUUCUACAUGGAAGAUUGCAAGGAGAUUAGUACUCCUAUGAACCAAAAAGAGAAACUAAGUAAGAAUGAUGGAGCAGAGAAAAUGGAGGAAACAUACUUCAGAGGCUUAGCCGGCCGUUUGAUGUAUCUCACAACUACAAGACCCGAUAUUUUAUAUGUUGUAAGUAUUUUAUCGAGGUUCAUGCAUUGUGAUAGUGAGCUGCAUCUAAAAGUAGCAAAAAGAGUAAUCAGAUACAUCAAAGGAACCAUUAAUUAUGGUGUCAAGUUUCAAAAAAAUCCAAAUCAAAAACUACUUGGGUAUUCUGAUAGUGAUUGGGCAGGAUCUGUAGAUGGCAUGAAGAGCACAUCUGGAUAUUGCUUUAGUCUUAGCUCUAAAAUAUUUUUGUGGUGCACAAAGAAGAAGGAUAUUGUGGCUCAAUCCACUACAGAGGCAGAAUUUAUGGCUGCAAUAGCAGCAGUGAAUCAAGCUCUGUGGUUGAGAAAAAUAUUUGUUGAUCUGCAUAUGCAUCAAACAAAAGGAAUUGAAGUAUUUGUGAACAACCAAUUUGCGAUAGUAAUUUCUCACAAUUCUGUAUUUCAUGCCAAAACAAAACACUUCAAUAUCAAGCUUUUCUUCUUAAGAAAAGUGCAAAAGAUUGGUGAUGUGAUUUUGCUCUAUUGCAAAAUCGAGGUAUAG